AAGAUGUGUGUAUUAUAAAUGUAAAAUGCUAUAGAUGUUUAUUUUAAAUGUCUCCUUUUUAUAUCUUUCAGUGCCAGGGGACUUAGGUAAUCAGUUGGAAGCAAAGUUAGAUAAGCCAUCAGUAGUCCACUAUCUCUGCUCUAAGAAGACAGACAGUUAUUUUACACUCUGGCUGAAUUUAGAGUUGCUUCUGCCUGUCAUCAUUGACUGCUGGAUUGAUAAUAUCAGGCUGGUAUAUAACCGAACAAGUAAGAUUACAGAACCACCAGAUGGAGUGGAUAUCAGAGUCCCAGGUUUUGGGCAGACAUUUUCCUUGGAAUUCCUUGACCCAAGUAAAAGGAGUGUUGGCAGCUACUUUUAUAUGCUGGUGCAGAGUUUAGUAGAUUGGGGCUACAAACGUGAUGAAGAUGUAAGAGGAGCACCUUAUGACUGGCGAAAGGCACCAAAUGAGAAUGGAGACUAUUUUGUGGCCCUUCGCAAGAUGAUAGAGUUAAUGUAUGAGCAGUAUGGAAGUCCCGUUGUCUUAAUUGCCCACAGCAUGGGGAAUAUGUACACCCUCUACUUCCUCAACCAUCAGACUCAGGAGUGGAAAGACAAGUACAUAAAAGAUUAUGUGUCAUUAGGCGCUCCAUGGGGAGGAGUGGCUAAAACUCUCCGUGUGCUGGCUUCAGGUGACAACAACAGAAUCCCUGUUAUCAGCUCACUCAAGAUCAGAGACCAGCAGAGAUCAGCGGUUUCCACAAAUUGGAUGCUCCCCUACAACUACACCUGGCCUCCAGAUAAGGUCUUUGUAAGCACACCUACAGCUAACUACACUCUUCGGGAUUACCAAAAAUUCUACAGGGACAUCAAUUUUGAAGAUGGCUGGCUCAUGAGACAAGACACUGAACCCCUGGUCUACCAGAUGACACCCCCUGGUGUGCGCAUACACUGUCUUUAUGGUACUGGCGUGGAAACACCUGAUUCCUUCCAUUAUGAAAGUUUUCCUGACAAAGAACCCAAGAUUAUCUAUAGCGAUGGGGACGGGACAGUAAACUUACAGAGUGCCUUGCAGUGCCAGAAGUGGGUGGACAUGCAAAAACAAGAAGUUGUGGUAUUUGAGCUUUCAGGAAAUGAGCAUAUUCAGAUGCUGUCCAAUGAUACUACUAUCUCGUAUGUGAAAAAGCUGCUUUUUGAUUUGUGAUACCUUGUGUUGACAGUUAUUUUUGUCACCUGUGAUGCCUUCCCUUAAAUGUGGGAAAACGCCUUUCAAUCCCUUGAUAUUUAGAUAUUUGAACUAUUUAUUUUUUUUUAAGGCUGUGUUCAAGAAGUUGUUUGGUGUCCUAAAUGAUUGUUUGUCUCUGAUUUGUGUUUAUGAUGCUUCAUGGUAUUUUCACAUUCUGGAAAUUUAGACAAAUAUGCAUUUUGGUGCCUCUGGUGUUGUAUCCAAUAUUCAUACAGACUUCCAUUUGGAGGUUGUGCAGCCCCUUGCACGUACUACAUAGAACCACAGGCACCUGAGUUCCUUUGUGUGGUCUUUGCAGGGUUUGGAGUGAGAGGGUGAGGAAGGAUUGUAAUUUCAGAUGCCCAUAGAACAAGGGAAUUAUCUUAAUUUAGGAAGCACAGUAAACUUUUUAAAGGGUCUUGCAUAUUCUGAUCCACAGUUCCCAGUACCUUAGUUUGUAAAUGUGCAUAUCUACUGGGUAAGAUGGGGAAGAGGGCUGUCUGGUACUGUACUACCUUUGUCAUAUCCAGCCUUUCUUUUGUUACAGCUUUUUGGGGGGUGGGAGGGGAGAAAGACAGAUGUGAGAAUUACUUGAAGCUUCUUAUUAGGUAUCUUUUGGGGUUUGUUUUUUCUUUUUUUUUUUUAAAGGAAGAAAUAGCUUGCUCAUCGACUUCUAGAACCUGAUUACUUACAGUCUGGAGUUUGAGGAAUUCUCACCUUGUGCUUUAUUUAUCAAUGAGGGACAGAAGGUAAACAGUGGUUGGUGCUUGUAAUAACUGUAGCUUUGUGAAGUAGCACAUAAAUUAAAGCUAAUUGAGUUGAGUACUGGCAAACAAUCCAUACAGAAUUGCAUUUCUGUGUGAAAAAUUAUCUCCUGUAUUGGAAAUGAUAAUGAAUGGUGGGCUUUAAUUCAAAACUUCCUGAAAUGGGGUGGCGAAUGGAAGCCAGCGUAAUACAGUAUGAAGUAUAAACCUUGUUCUCAGUCAAAUACGUAGGCUCUGAUCCAGUUACUGACCAAGUAGUGAUUGGAACAACACUGCAUUCAGCUGAAAAGAAACUUUGUUUUAAGACUAAAAUUCACUUUCCAUAGAUUACAAAUUCUGUUACUGCUGUUUGAAGAAGUUGGGACAUGCUGUUCCUUAAAUGUUUCUGUAAAUUGCUGAAUGUGCAACUCCGUUAAUUUCGUACAGUAUUGUUUUACUUUAAAAAAAAAAAAAUUCAACUCUGAAUGCCACAGAAAUGAUAGCCUAAAGGCCCUCAUAUUUGAUUACAGAAGUGCUGUUGGAGAAAUAGUUUCACUUGAAGAUUCUCUUUUGCUUGCUUUAAAACCAGGCACCCAGUUAGACUGCACUUUGUUUCCUGAAAAUGCAAUUUUGAAUGCUUUCAAAAUGCUAGGUCCUCCCAGAAAAAAUGUUUUAAGAGUUUCAGAAACUCAUCAGAACUAUUGAGGAUUCAUUAGUUAAGAAACUGAAGUUGUCUAAAAGGUAAAGUUUUUAACUAUUUUGGUAGCAUGCAUAAAAUGCUUGCUGUCUUUAAAUGUAUAGGUAAGAUGUGUUGAAAUGACAGGCUUGAACUUGUGUUCCUGUAGACUGCAAACGCUUUGGCACAGGAGGUAGGUUUAAGGCUUUAAUCAGAAAUGACUUGUAAAUCCAGAACAACUUGAACUAGGGUCAUGGAUAAGCUAAAUAUCUUCUGAAGUUUUAACUUGUGUAGCUUCGUUUUCCCUAUUACCUUUGUUGAGGGAGAGGACACACAUAUAUUCCUGAUUUUUUUUUUUUUACAAUGGAACAUUUAUUUUGUCAUCAGUUGCCCAGAAACCUACAGUUCAGCAGCAAUAUUGCCUAGACUUUUCCAGAGUAAGUACCAAGUUGCCCCAAGCCAUUUGUAGUUGGUAACUGUUGAAAUGAAAAAACAAAACAACAAAUCCCCACAGAAAAAGUCCUUUAGCCAAGUGUUCUGUUCUACGUGGGGCUGUGAGCUGGAUAAGCCUCAGGCUUGUGUUCCAAGACUGCUCAAAGAUAAAGCUCUUCCUGAGGUCUGACUCUGGUCUGAUUUUUUUAAUAAAUUGCUAUAUUACUGGUUUACAACAGAAAGACAGUGCAGAAAACAGCUUAUCACAAUCAGUAUUUCUUGCUGAAGUAGAAUGUAGCCUGUUAAUAAGCACUGGAAUGAGUGGAGCUGGAGGCUGUAUGGGAGGCUACCAACAGGGCAUCAAGGGCUGAAACAAAUGGGAAAAGAACAUAGGGAAACACUUCUUAACCUGGUGUGGAGAAUUUUUCUAAGCUUCAUUUAGAUCCUUACCCAUUAAUUGAUGUUAUUUUCAGUCCCAUACCCAGAGUUUAGCUUCAGGGAUUUUUGUGAUUUGAAGUUCCAAAAUACAUGAUUCCAAAAGAUGCUUUCUUUUUUUUUUCUUUACUACUUCUUUCUUUUUGUGCCCCAAAAGGAAAAAAAUAUUCUUAUUCUUUUCUAACUUUGGCAACCUAGUAUUGUGUUCUGAGAUUAGUUGACUGUUAUCUUUUAACCUAAAGAUGCAUAAAUCAGCUUUCCAUUAAGUAGACAAGCCCUAGAGCCUUUCAAUAAACUCAUGUUAGUUAACCUGGUAAAAUGAAGCUGAAAGUUUCUCAGGGCCCUUUUUUUUUUUUGUUGCUGUUUGUCACUAUAAAGCCUUGUGGCACAAGAAUGUGCAUACCUGAGUUGGAAGUACUGUGUUGGAGCAGUGCUUCUGGUGAGACUUUGCUGGGAUGUGAUGGGUUCUGCAGACUAUGGUUCUGUUUUAUGUCCAGAACUUCUGGGGUUUGUACCAAAUCAUUUUCAGCCCUUUCAUUUUCAGUUUCUUGCAUAUUAGGAUGGUGUUCGCAUGGUAAAGUGAAUGCAGCAAGUAAACUACAUCGUUCUGGUCACUGAAACUGAGCCACUUCACUCAGUGUGUUGAGAAGUGCUUACUCACUACGGCAUGUUCCUCUCCAGGGGCAGAGUGUUUGGUGUUACUGGUACAGGCCUGCGACAGCCACGUGCACUUGAGUAUUCCAGAUUCUUGUGGGGAGAGAGGUCUGAAGAAAUACAUCAUUAAGGAGAGGAGAAUGUGGCAUUUUCUCAAGAGGAGUGACUCAGGUGCUUUGCCACACUGCACAGUUGAAAUGUUUGAAUUUGCUGACAUAUCUUCAUUGUACCUAACACCUAUCCAUCAUGUCUCCCUCUUUCCAUAAUUUUUACUUGAUUUUAUUCUUCCAGGAUAUUUUCAGAAACCAAAAAUAGUCUUGAGGACCAAAUGUGUUUCUUAUUUUAUUUCUGACAAAAUGUAUAGAAAAUGCUGAAGAGGCUUUCAGCUGUCAUUGUAAUACUUCUGAAGAGGUUCAGAGUCACUAUGUGAUUCUGUUUAAAAACAGAGAAGGCUUCACUAACUAGCAAUAAUUGCAAAGGACUUGCAGACCAAAGGAAGGAAUGUUUGGUAUUAAGGUAGUUCUUGGAGCACAGUGUGUUCAAGGCCCUCCUAAAUUCAGGGAAUGGUUGGCAAUGACUUUGCUGCUCUACACUUAACAGUAUUUUGUAUGGAACAUAUUCUGAGACCUAGCAUUUUAUAUGCUCUUUUUGUGUAUGAAUGCGUUCAAUAGAUUUUGAAUAUUUUAUUGUCAAACUUUGAUAAUAUAAUAAAGUUGAUCUAAUACA